AUGAAAGACAGGGACAACACUGGCCUAGAUGCAGUCUGCAGCUACAAAAAUAACAGCAGAAUUGCCACCUUUGAUAGAGAAAAGGUUUAUCAAGAGCUGAGCAACAUGACAAAAGGUGUCACCAAACUAGGGCAAUAUAGCUUGGAGAAGAACAGCCUGUAUGUCAAUGAUCCCAGCAUCAACAGGGCUGCGGUUGAAAGGGCUUUUCAGAAUGGGACCUCACAUGAAACUGGGCUAUGGCUGGGAAGCAGUUACCAGCUGGAAGGAUUCUCAGUAGACAACUUAGAACUAGCAAUCGAGACAGGCACUCAGAGAGCUCCCCUGCAAUCUGAGGAAAGAAACUUCAGAUUAAACUUCAUCAUCACCAACCUUCGCUACUCUCCAGAACUGCAGAACUCCAAAUCGCUGAUGUUCCAAGUGAACAAGGACAAGAUUGAAAAGGAGCUUGACGUAUUCAGAACUGGCAGCCUGAAGGACUAUUUCAUUGGUUGUACUGUUGAGACCUUUGGGCCUGUCCUUGGGAAGGCUUACACAAGUGUUGCUUCUGUCUGUAAAUUCACACUGGACACCUCCUCAAGGACUUUAGAAAAGGAAGUUGUAUAUGAGGAACUGACACGCUUGACACAAGGGUUCACCAAGCUGGGCUCCAGCUACCAGUUGGAAGAACACAGUUUGGCUGUUGAUGGUUACUCUCCACUCGAAACAAUUGGGCAGGAAAGAUAUGAGCUUUCAUUCUGGGCAAUUAUCCUCAUCUGUGUCUUUGCACUGAUUGGAUUCAUCCUCCUCCUCCUGAUAUGCUUCCUGAUUGUCUUUUGCCUAAGAAGAAAGUCAAACCUGUACCAGGUUCAACAGAGUAUGUAUGGGAUGUAUUUCCCACAUCUGAACAUGAGAAAAGUACAUUGACGUAACAGCUGAAACCUGCUUUCACAGACCAGUUCCAUCCACAGAUGAAGGAAAGAUGUUUACAACUACUAGGAAAAUGUUUCU